GCGAGUUUCCAUAGUGAAGGCAGGUCACGUGAGUGGGGAAGCUGGUCAGGUUAUUUGAACUGCGCUGCAGCCAUUUUAUUCAGCACAGUGAAUCAGAAGCGGCACAGAGUGUUCUGGAAACGGUAAAGCAGUUAAGAUGGCAGCACAGGGAGAACCUCAAGUUCAAUUUAAGCUUGUUCUAGUUGGAGAUGGUGGUACUGGAAAAACUACAUUUGUGAAACGUCACUUGACAGGAGAGUUUGAAAAAAAAUACGUAGCAACUUUGGGAGUUGAAGUUCACCCACUGGUGUUUCAUACAAAUAGAGGACCUAUUAAAUUUAAUGUUUGGGAUACUGCUGGUCAAGAGAAAUUUGGAGGUCUUAGGGAUGGAUAUUAUAUUCAGGCUCAGUGUGCCAUCAUCAUGUUUGAUGUAACAUCAAGAGUAACAUACAAAAAUGUUCCUAACUGGCACAGAGAUUUGGUAAGGGUAUGUGAGAAUAUCCCUAUUGUCUUGUGUGGCAAUAAAGUAGAUAUCAAGGACCGGAAAGUGAAAGCAAAAUCUAUAGUCUUUCACAGAAAGAAGAAUCUUCAGUAUUAUGAUAUUUCAGCUAAAAGUAACUACAACUUUGAGAAGCCAUUCCUGUGGCUGGCCAGGAAGCUGAUUGGUGAUCCUAACCUAGAGUUUGUGGCAAUGCCAGCACUGGCCCCACCAGAAGUUGUAAUGGACCCUGCGCUGGCAGCACAGUAUGAGCAAGAUUUACAGGUUGCUCAGUCCACUGCUCUGCCAGAUGAUGAGGAUGAUCUGUGAGUGACUAUAGCCCAGCAUCAGCAGUCUAGUUUUAUAGGCAGCUGUCUGUGAAAAUUGUGAUGGAGCAGCAGCGUGUCUGCCACUGUAGCUCAACAGAACAUUUAUACAUGUGCUUUAAAUUUCUGGAGAGGAUGAAGAAAGUAUGGAUUUUGGAGUGAAUGCGUUUAAAAAGUUAUUCCUACUACAUUGGAACUGCUUAAUAUAUGGCUAAUAUGACUGCAGAUACUUUCCCAUUUCUCCUUUCAGUUUUGAUCUAAUUUAUAAGCCUUCAGCAGUAAAUUUACAUCAGUGGCACUUUGUUACUCAUUCCCUUUUUUAUUUUUUUCACAUAAUAAAGUUGUGUUCCAGUUUUGAAAGCAA